GCUUAGAUGAGUUUGGCGGGUCGCUCACUCCUGAUUUUGUCUGACAAUCCUCUUUCGUUCCCUUUCCUCUUUUCACACGCCGAACAUGCCCCGUGCACCACCCCAACGACACCGGCCGCUCACGCUCGCAACCCUCGCAGGAUUCACGUCCUUCCUCCUACCCAGCAUUACCCUCGCGCGCCUCUACUCCAACGGUCCUGUACUCAAGGCCUCCCUCCUGCCGACUGCAUAUACAUGCUUCAUCAGCGGUGUGACGUUCCUCACGUAUGGUUACGACAAGUUGCAGGCGCGGAAUCUGGAGUGGCGGGUGAGCGAGUGGACAUUACAUUUGCUGACGAUGCUGGGCGGCUGGCCUGGGGCAUUGAUGGCGAUGCAUUUCUUCCAGCACAAAACCAGGAAGACAAGGUUCCUGGUGCCGUUUUGGGGCAUCGUGCUAGGUUGGCAGGGUUUAUUAUGGCAAUUCGUGUGUAGUGAUCAGAGUAAGGUUACUUGGUGAUUGGUUAGGCCAUCGCAACCCCCCAGCCUUCUCGUCGACCUUCUCACCUACCUGUCCGGUAGUCCUGAG